GAAGUGGGCAUAGAAUCUCAUCUUCUUCGUGGUGUCACUCGGUGUCUGACUCGGUAGUGGAAGGCAAGAGUCGGAAAGUGUAUUAACUCUUCACUCUCCCCGUGCCCCCUCAGUAAUGAACAGCACUUUGGUAAAAUCCAAGUCCUAACACUUUCAGUUUGAGAUUUGACUCCACACCAACCCAACUUUUUUUAAAGACAGUAGUAGCUAUUCUUCUUCUGUAGAAGAAGACAGAAGUUAAAAUUGUUUGUUUUUUUUUUUUUAACCUUGAUCGAAGUUGGGGUCAUGGUCUCUGAAGGGUAAGUGAGGGAGAGCCACUCGUGACAGUGAGGAUACUUCAGCCGUGGGGAAUUGCAUUUAGGAAUUCAAGGCCACUCUGGAUCUGCCGACUGAGCCCCAAGCGUUUAAUGCACAAGAUACAGGUGUCAAAAAAAUAAUGUUACUUGAUGCCCUUGGAUCUUUUUUGUUAUUCCCUUCCUCCCUCCCUCCCUCCCAGCAUACCAAACAACCACUUUUCAAGAAUUGGGUUCUGAAGAAGACAGGUAGUUUUCUAUGGACAUCGUCUCUGUUCUUGUUCAUGAAGUGAAAUUUUUUUUUGCAUGAGGCGGUUUGUAAGUGGAGAAGGAGAAAGACAGUCACAGUUGCUCUCCUCAUGACUCAUCAUUAUUGUCUUGUUAAUGCCCCAUUCAACAACACCUCUCUCUCUCUCUCUCUCUCUCUCUCUCUCUCUCUGUUUUCCUUGUCCCUACUCGCAGAGGUUGUGUGGGAUUGUGAUCUUGAGAUGCCUUCUUAAACAAACCCAUUUUCUCCUAUUAUUUUUUUUUUCCUACUCUCUAUUUCGGGAGGAAACAGAGCACACCCACUUCAUAACUUGAAGUGGGCCGUUCAUCUGCUUCAUCAAAAUAUUCUCUUGGUAAUUUUAUUUUAAAUUCUUGGACGGUUUGUUUGUUGAAUGACAUUCUGCAUUUGGUGAUAUUAUAUAUUCAGGACCUGAAGAAGUGUUUCUGUGAGGUCUCAAGUCGUUGACAAUGUGUGGACUCAAGCUUCAAGCCUUCAAUUUUAGCAGCUAACGAGGACGAUCACAAGCGAAAUAGAAAGAUGAUGGGCGUGAAUUGCAGGGCUUCCUCUUCUUCUUUCCUCUCUCCUUCACAUCUAAAUUCACCAAGUGCCGGUGAAAACGGGCUUUACAGGAAUAUACUGAAUGCAUCGCCGAGGCUCUUGUCCACUUCUAAUUUUAUUGUGCAACUGGAGAGGACUUCACCUGAACAAACUUCCGCAUAUUGGGAUGCUGAAAAGAUAGUCAGCUGUGAUUCUGUACAAUAUAUUCCUUCUAAUGGCACUCCAUCGCAUAAGUCCACUGUGGAACUACGGAAGGAGAUUGCCACACUUGAGGUUGAAAUUAUGCACUUGGAGCGUUAUCUUCUUUCGCUCUAUAGGACGGCUUUUCAAGAGCACACGUCCACUCUAGCAAAAGUCUCGGAAACAAAGUUGCAGAGCAAGGCUAGGUCACCAUCACGGAAAAUGCCUAGUGUACUCAAGCAGAAAGCGGAGCCGCACAUUAGGCGAAAUGGCCUCCUGCGUAGUUUCCAAUCUUCCCCCGCGCAGUGCUGGGUUUCUUCAGAUAAUCAGAGCUGUGCUUCAAGUUUCAAAGCAAUAUCUGCGCGGGACCAUAAAAAUGCCAAUUUCGGUCAUAGGAGCCUCGCAGAUCACCUCGGAGCCAAAGACAUCUCUCUCAGAACUCCAGAGAGACUCUCCGAGGAUAUAGUGAGAUGCAUAUCUUCAAUAUACUGCAAGCUUGCGGAUCCCACUCACAUUCAAGUUGGCUCAUCCGCUUCACCAACUUCGUCCUUGUCCUCCUCGAGCAUAUUUUCUUCUCACAACCCCAGAGAUAGUUGGAGCCCAUCCCGGAAUGAGGAGAUUUCGGUGCACCAACUUCAGGGAUUGAGAGAGGAGAGCGGGAGAUAUGGCGAUAUGGUAGAAGUUCUCAAGAUAUGUUUGGAUGAUAAAAGUUUCAAGUUUGCUGCUACGAUGCUGCAAAAGUUCAGGUCAUUGGUUCGUUGUCUCGAGGACAUUGACCCAAGAAAGAUGAAACGUGAGGAGAAACUUGCUUUCUGGAUCAAUAUUCACAAUGCCCUGGUGAUGCAUGCUUAUUUAGCUUAUGGAACGGGCGGGCGUGUGAAGAGCACCACUAUAAUGAAGGCGGCUUAUAACGUGGGUGGACAUUGCAUUAAUGCCUAUAUCAUACAAAGCGCAAUUUUAGGAAUCCGAUCAAGUCAUUCGGCACCGUGGCUACAAACGCUGCUUACUCCAGGAAGAAAGUACAAGCCAGGCAGUAGCGGACAUCUCUAUGCUUUAGAAUAUCCUGAGCCGCUUGUUCAUUUUGCACUUUGCUCAGGCGCAUAUUCCGACCCACCGGUUCGAGUUUAUACAGCAAAAAAUAUUUUCUUGGAUUUAAAACUUGCUAAAGAGGAUUUUAUUCAAGCAAAUGUCUACAAUUACAAGGAAUCAAAGAUCUUCCUCCCGAGACUCCUCUAUUACUUUGCGAAAGACAUGUCGCUUACUAUGCCCGGGCUGUUAGAAGCGGUGAACAAGUGCCUCUCGGAAGUCCAGCAGAAGACUAUUCAAAAGUGCAUGAAGGGAAGGCUUGACAAGUACGUCAACUGGAUGCCUCAUAAUUCGACGUUUCGGUAUGUGAUCCACCGAGAAUUAGCCAGAGGGGCAGUGGCCAUUUGAUGAAUGCCAUGACUGUAUGUAACCGUGCAAAAGAUUGAAGUAUUUGUUCUCUAGUUUUUUGCCACAAUAAGCAGUGAGCAGCGAUCUGUACAGAGGUGUGAGGGUGCAAGAUUCUUUGGGGGAUUGAAUUGGAUUUGCUUUGAGCCAAGACUGUCAUCAAGGGCACACUUCAAUUGUUGUCUUACUAGAAAUGUGUAAAUCCUAUGUAAAUUUUGCGCAAUGUGAUCUCAGUUUGAUGUGUGCACAGACAA